GGUGCCUUACCCGGCGCUGGCACCCACCGCCUUCUUCUGCCUCAAGCAAACCACCCGCCCGCGCAGCUGGUGCCUCAAGCUGGUCUGUAAUCCCUGGUUCGAGCACGUGAGCAUGCUGGUGAUCCUGCUCAACUGCGUCACCCUGGGCAUGUUCCAGCCCUGCGAGGACGUGGAGUGCCAGUCGGAGCGCUGCACCAUCCUGGAGGCGUUUGACGAUUUCAUUUUCGCCUUCUUUGCUGUGGAAAUGGUCAUCAAGAUGGUGGCCCUGGGCAUCUUUGGGCAGAAGUGUUACCUUGGAGACACCUGGAACCGCCUGGACUUCUUCAUCGUCAUGGCAGGGAUGAUGGAAUAUUCCCUGGAUGGACACAACGUGAGCCUCUCUGCCAUCCGCACCGUCCGCGUGCUGCGGCCCCUGCGGGCCAUCAACAGGGUCCCGAGUAUGAGGAUCCUGGUCACGCUGCUGCUGGACACUCUGCCUAUGUUAGGCAACGUCCUCCUCCUCUGCUUCUUUGUCUUCUUCAUCUUUGGGAUUGUUGGGGUCCAGCUCUGGGCAGGGCUGCUGAGGAACAGAUGCUUCCUAGACAGGAAUUUUGCCAUGACGUACAACCUGACUUUCCUUCACCCUUACUACCGGCCGGACGAGGCGGAGGAGAACCCCUUCAUCUGCUCCUCACACAGGGAGAACGGGAUGCAGAGAUGCUCCAACAUUCCCAGCAGGAAGGAAUCCAAGGUGGAGUGCACCCUGAGCAUGGAGUCCUACAGCCCCAGCCUGGGUGGCCCCGAGCCCAGCAGGAACUCCUGCAUCAACUGGAACCAGUACUACAACGUCUGCAUGGCGGGGGACGUGAACCCGCACAACGGGGCCAUCAAUUUCGAUAAUAUUGGCUAUGCCUGGAUUGCUAUUUUUCAGGUGAUAACCCUGGAAGGAUGGGUGGACAUCAUGUAUUACGUGAUGGAUGCACACUCUUUUUACAAUUUUAUAUAUUUUAUAUUGCUUAUCAUAGUUGGCUCCUUCUUCAUGAUUAACCUGUGCCUGGUGGUGAUUGCCACCCAGUUUUCGGAGACCAAGCAGCGGGAGAACCAGCUGAUGCAGGAGCAGCGGGCGCGCUACCUGUCCAACGACAGCACCAUCGCCAGCUUCUCGGAGCCGGGCAGCUGCUACGAGGAGCUGCUCAAGUACAUCUCCCACAUCUUCAGGAAGGUCAAGAGAAGGACAAUCCGCCUCUACAACAACUGGCAGAGCAAACGCCGGAAAAAAGUCAACCCCAACAGCGGCGGGGGCGGCGGGCAGAGCCAGCGGAGAAGGAGGAUCACCUCCAUCCACCACCUGAUCCACCACGGGGGGGGCGGCUCCGCGGCCCUGCCCAAGGCCCGGCGGAACGGGAGCUCGCCGGCGGCCGUGGUGAACAGCCCCGGCGGCCUGGGCCUGGAUUCCUACGGCAAGCUGCAGCAGCUGGUGGGAGAGCACGGUCUCUGCCGCACCCCCAGCCGCGUGUCGGGGCUGAGCACGGCCGGGGCGCUGCCCAGCCCCGCCGGCGCCGGGCUGAGCUGUGAGCUGCAGGACUGUCCCUUCUGCGCCAGCCUCCUGGACGACCCCGACUUGGCGCUCAGCGACUCCGACAGCAACGGCGACUCCGACAGCAACGGCGUCUACGAGUUCACGCAGGACCUGCGGAGGAAGAAGAAGAAAGCCAAGGAGAGGAACAAGGUGAUGAAGCUGUGGAAGGCGUUCGGCACCAAACUCAAGAGGAUCGUGGAGAGCAAAUACUUCAACCGCGGGAUCAUGAUCGCCAUCCUCAUCAACACCCUGAGCAUGGGCAUCGAGUACCACGAGCAGCGUGUGAGUCUCUGCCGCACCCCCAGCCGCGUGUCGGGGCUGAGCACGGCCGGGGCGCUGCCCAGCCCCGCCGGCGCCGGGCUGAGCUGUGAGCUGCAGGACUGUCCCUUCUGCGCCAGCCUCCUGGACGACCCCGACUUGGCGCUCAGCGACUCCGACAGCAACGGCGACUCCGACAGCAACGGCGUCUACGAGUUCACGCAGGACCUGCGGCACGGCGACCACCGGGACCAGCUCCAGCAGCAGCGGGGCAGGAGGAGGAGGAAGAAGAAGAAAGCCAAGGAGAGGAACAAGGUGAUGAAGCUGUGGAAGGCGUUCGGCACCAAACUCAAGAGGAUCGUGGAGAGCAAAUACUUCAACCGCGGGAUCAUGAUCGCCAUCCUCAUCAACACCCUGAGCAUGGGCAUCGAGUACCACGAGCAGCCAGAUGAGCUGACCAAUGCCUUGGAGAUCAGCAACAUUGUCUUCACCAGCAUGUUUGCUCUGGAGAUGCUCCUGAAACUCCUGGCCUUCGGAAUCUUUGGCUACAUCAAGAACCCCUACAACAUCUUCGACGGGAUCAUCGUGGUCAUCAGUGUCUGGGAGAUCAUCGGGCAGUCGGACGGGGGCCUGUCCGUGCUCCGCACCUUCCGCCUGCUGCGCGUGCUGAAGCUGGUGCGCUUCAUGCCCGCCCUGCGCCGCCAGCUCGUGGUGCUCAUGAAGACCAUGGACAACGUGGCCACCUUCUGCAUGCUGCUCAUGCUCUUCAUCUUCAUCUUCAGCAUCCUGGGCAUGCACCUUUUUGGAUGCAAGUUCAGCCUGAAAACUGACACGGGAGACACAGUUCCAGACAGGAAGAAUUUUGAUUCCUUACUUUGGGCCAUUGUGACCGUGUUCCAGAUCCUCACGCAGGAGGACUGGAACGUGGUGCUGUACAACGGGAUGGCCUCCACCUCCUCCUGGGCUGCCCUCUACUUCGUGGCCCUGAUGACCUUUGGCAAUUAUGUGCUCUUCAACCUCCUGGUGGCCAUCCUGGUGGAAGGAUUCCAGGCAGAGGGAGAUGCCAACAGGUCAGACACAGAUGAGGACAAGACAUCUGCCAACUUCGAGGACGAGUUUGAGAAGCUGAAAGACCUCAGAGCAACAGAGAUGAAGAUGUACUCGCUGGCUGUCACCCCCAACGGGCACCUGGAGGGCAGGGGGGCCAUGCCCCCGCCCAUCAUCAUGCGCACGGCCGCCACCCCGAUGCCCACCCCGAAGUGCUCCCCACACCUGGACUCCCUGCACGCCCUCGGGGACUCGAGGAGAGGCAGCAACGCCUCGCUGGACCCCACGGGCUACGACCAGAAGUCCUUGUCCAGCCUCCGCAGCUCCCCCUGCGCCAACUGGGGCAGCAGCAGCAACUGGGGCAGCCGCCGCUCGAGCUGGAACAGCCUGGGCAGGGCGCCGAGCCUCAAGAAGAAGAGCCAGUCGGGAGAACGGGAAUCGCUGCUGUCGGGAGAGGGGAAGGGCAGCACGGACGACGACUCGGACGACGCCAAGUCCAGCACGCUCAGCCGGCCCUCGCUGCCGCGCCGGGCCGAGUCCCUGGAUUACCGCGGCUCCCAGGAGCUGCCCGAGCUGCUGCGGGUGCCCUCGGUGCGCCAGCUCGCGCUCGGCCCCGCCGCCCUGCUGCCCGCCGAGUUCCACGACUGCAACGGCAAGAUGGGCCACGGCCCCGGCGCAGAGUUCUUCCUCAGGGUAGAUGGCCACAAGGAGGACACCCUGGACUAUGAGGAUGACAUGGACGAUAGUUAUUGCUACCGGAUCCGUGCAGCCCUGGAUCCCUACAAACCCCAGUGGUGCAAAACGCACGAGGACUGGUCCCUCUACUUGUUUUCCCCACAGAACAGAUUCCGAAUGAUGUGCCAGAAGGUCAUUGCCCACAAAAUGUUUGACCACGUGGUGCUGGUCUUUAUCUUCCUCAACUGCAUCACCAUAGCUCUGGAGAGACCAGACAUCGACCCCCUGAGCACGGAAAGGAUAUUCCUAAGUGUCUCUAAUUACAUCUUCACUGCCAUCUUCGUUGCUGAAAUGAUGGUUAAGGUGGUAGCUCUUGGCUUUUUCUCUGGGGAGAAUGCAUAUCUGCAGAGCAGCUGGAACGUCCUGGAUGGAGUCCUGGUCUUUGUAUCCAUCAUUGACAUCAUUGUGUCCAUGGCAUCAGCAGGAGGAGCCAAAAUCCUGGGAGUUCUUCGUGUGUUGAGGCUUCUGCGCACCCUGAGACCGCUCCGAGUCAUCAGCAGAGCCCCAGGUCUGAAGCUGGUGGUGGAAACCUUGAUCUCCUCCUUGAGGCCUAUUGGGAAUAUUGUUCUCAUCUGCUGUGCUUUCUUCAUUAUCUUUGGGAUUUUAGGGGUCCAGCUUUUUAAAGGCAAGUUCUACUACUGUGAUGGCCAUGAUGUCAAAAACAUCACCACGAAGGCAGACUGCACCAACGCUCACUACAAAUGGGUCCGGAGGAAGUACAACUUCGACAACUUGGGGCAGGCCCUGAUGUCCCUGUUUGUGCUCUCCUCCAAGGACGGCUGGGUGAACAUCAUGUACGACGGGCUGGACGCCGUGGGCAUUGACCAGCAGCCCGUCCAGAACCACAACCCUUGGAUGCUGCUCUACUUCAUCUCCUUCCUGCUCAUCGUCAGCUUCUUUGUGCUCAACAUGUUCGUGGGGGUGGUGGUGGAGAACUUCCACAAGUGCCGGCAGCACCAGGAGGCGGAGGAGGCGCGGCGCCGCGAGGAGAAGCGGCUGCGGCGCCUGGAGAAAAAGCGCAGGAAAGCCCAGCGCAGGCCCUACUACGCUGACUACUCCCCGGCCAGGAGAUACAUCCACAGCCUGUGCCCCAGCCACUACCUCGACCUCUUCAUCACCUUCAUCAUCGGCGUCAACGUCAUCACCAUGUCCAUGGAGCACUACAACCAGCCCAAGUCCCUGGAUGAAGCCCUCAAGUACUGCAACUACGUGUUCACCAUUGUCUUUGUGUUCGAGGCACUGCUGAAGUUGGUGGCCUUUGGUUUCCGGAGGUUUUUUAAGGACAGGUGGAACCAGCUGGACCUGGCCAUCGUUCUGCUGUCCAUUGUGGGGAUCACUCUGGAGGAGAUCGAGAUGAACGCUGCCCUUCCCAUCAACCCCACCAUCAUCCGCAUCAUGAGGGUGCUCAGGAUAGCCAGAGUGCUGAAACUGCUGAAAAUGGCCACGGGCAUGAGAGCUCUGCUGGACACGGUGGUGCAAGCUCUGCCCCAGGUAGGGAACCUUGGCCUACUUUUUAUGCUCCUGUUUUUUAUCUAUGCUGCCCUGGGAGUGGAAUUGUUUGGCAAGCUGGAUUGCACUGAUGAGAAUCCCUGUGAAGGCCUGAGCCGCCACGCCACCUUCACCAACUUUGGCAUGGCCUUCCUCACCCUCUUCAGGGUGUCCACGGGGGACAACUGGAACGGGAUCAUGAAGGACACGCUCCGGGAGUGCACUCGGGAGGACAAGCACUGCCUCACCUACCUGCCCGUCAUCUCCCCCGUCUACUUCGUCACCUUCGUCCUCAUCGCCCAGUUCGUCCUGGUCAACGUGGUGGUGGCAGUGCUGAUGAAGCACCUGGAGGAGAGCAACAAGGAGGCCAAGGAGGACGCAGAGAUGGACGCUGAGAUCGAGCUGGAGAUGUCCAGAGGAGCCAACGCCGCCGGCGGGAGCAGGAGAGCGGGGGUGGCUGCGGAGAGCCGGGAGCUGCACGGGAACCAGGAGCUCAGCAAAGGGCAGCACCAAGCCCUGGGCAGUGCAGCCUCCCUGAGGCCCCAGGAUUCCCAGAACCUGCUGACAGUCCGUAAGAUCUCCGUGUCCCGGAUGCAUUCCCUGCCCAACGACAGCUACAUGUUCCGGCCCGUCACCCCAGCCAAGGCCCCGCUGCCCCUGCACGAGGUGGAGAUGGAAGCCUACCCCUGCAAAGCCCCAAGAGGGUCCGUGUCGUCCGUGCGCUCGCAGCCCGCGGGGAGCUGCUGGCUGCACCCCAGCCGCUCCACGUCGCCCUUCACCUCCCCGGCCCCGUCCCCCCUGCCCCUCAAGAACUGCAGCACAAGCAGCCUCUCCCGCAAGGAGAAGGACUUGAAGAAGUUCUACAGCACCGACACCAAGGGCUUCCUCAGCAAGCCCAACUGGGCCGACGAGCAGCGGCGGCAUUCCAUCGAGAUCUGCCCCUCCGGCGGCGCCCCGGACUGCGGCUUCCAGGAGCCCAGCGAGGACAAGCAGCGGCCCCUCGGCCACGUCCAGCCAGAGGCCGACUACAUCCACGGAGCCAGGAGGAAGAAGAAGAUGAGCCCGCCCUGCAUUUCUAUAGAUCCUCCCAUGGAGGAUGACGGCGCGGCGGCCCCGCGCACCAAACCCUCCGAGAACACCCUGCUGCGGAGGAGAACCCCGUCCUGCGAGUUCCCGGCGUACCGAGAAUCCCUGGAGCUCCCGGAGAGCCAGGCCUCGUGCCGUGGGGAGCACCUGAGCAUCCCCAACUUCUCCUUCGAGCAGCUGGACGGCGGCUCCUUGAGCAGCCUCUCGGAGCUGCUGGACAGCGGCCAGUCCACGCCGGCCUCCGUGGACUCGCGGCCGGACGCGGAGCUGAAAAACACGGAGCACUUAAAAACUCAGCGGGGCAGCGGCGAGAGGAGCAAAGAUCAGCUGGGCACUGCCAGGAGCCCCCUGCGCAAGCAGGACUCGGGCCCCGUGACUGUCGCCACAGAGGAAGGCGCGGAUGACCCAGUAUAGCUGCUGGGAUGGGGGACAGGGGGGUCUCAAGGGCUUGUCACCCGUGGGGGGUUCCAAAGCGAGGGGACCGAGGGCCGUCACCGGGGCCGUCCCCUCCCUGCGGUCACUCGUUGGGAAGCGCUGUGGAAGUUUGCAAAAAAAAACCACACACACACACACACGUGAGGGAAAAAAAGAGAAAGAAACCAAACGAAAGGCUGGAGGAAACUGGGGAUGGGUUUUUUGGGGGGAUUUGGCAAGAGGUUUUGGGGUUUCUUUUCUAAGAGUUGAUGCAGGGGUGGCUUCGUUCCUCCCACCCUGCUCCGUGGCUCGAUCACAUUGAUUCGGGUCCGAGGUGGUGGCUGGGAUUUGGGGAGAAUCUCUUGGGGUUUUGUUGUUUUGUUGGGUUUGUUUUUUUGGGUUUUUGUUUGUUUUUUUAGUUUUAAAGAUGCUCAACUUUUCCUGAGGCACCUUUUCGAGCUGUCACGUUACGUUGGAGUGCCUGGGAGCCGGACAUUGUCUGUAUAUCAGCAGUUCUAUAAAUAAAAAUUCUGUAUUUGUGAGCUACAAAACGAGGAAACAACAACAAAAGAAAACCUGGAAGAAAAAACAGACCCACAAAAACUCUGUCUUCAUAAUGCACAUAUUUUUAUAGAGAAACAGAGAUGCUGUUUUUUGCAUUACAUGGGUGGUGUUUCCUUGGGUUUUCUGUGGAAUUAAUUAUUCCAGCCAUUCAUUUUCCAAAUGUUUCUCCUCUUUCCUCACUUCCCUUCCUUCCCUUCCCUCCACCAUCACCCCACCAGCUUCUUCUCACAGCUGAUGCUUCUGAUGUCUCGCUCAUUUUCUUUUGUACUUUAGAGGUUGUCCUAAUUACAGACAAAAAACCAAAUCACUACUGAAUUGUAGCCAGUGCAAUAAUAAUAAGUUAUUCAUUCUUCUUGUGUGUCCAACUGUCCUGUUGCUUUUUUUCCCCCUUUUUUUUAACUGAAAUUCAGGUUAAACGUCGCAAUAAUCUGAACUAACGUGCACAAAGACAGUUUCUUGUGUUACAAAGAGAAAAGACUAAUGAAAAAAAGGAAAAAAAACUACAUUUACAGAGAGACUAAAAAAAAAAAACUGAACAAAUAAAUAGUAAAUUAUUUAAGAAAUGUAUUUUGUUUACUGCAGUUCUAAGUAAAUUAUUGAUACAAUGUGUAAAGGUGUAAAGAGCUGUCGUAGGUGAUGUUCUCUGUGAGCAUUUAAGGUGAUGAUUUGUCCUCCUCGUGGCAGAACAACUCCGACCCCUCUGGGCAGUUUCACUCCCUGGCCCUCCCUCCCCAUCCCUGGACACGUUCCCUUCCCAAGGCCCUUCCAGAAGCCUCCAGAGGAAUCCAGGUCACCUCUCAACACCAGUUUUGGGGGGGGUUUUGCAGCUUUUGGGGUUGAUUUUCCUUUUUUAGCCUCGUUCCCCACCCCUCCUGCAGGCCCUGUGUCCAUGGCCAGGGGCAAUAGGAGCAGGAAGGAGCCCGUGGGCACCCAGGGGGGAAUGAACCCAUCCAGUCGUUUCCGUUUGGUUCCUUCCGUGCCGCCUCAUAUUUAUGCCUUCACAUUUAUCUUCUGUUAUCGAUGCAUCCAUUACUCCAAAGGAAAUGUAUCUUGUUUCACAUCUAUUAAACUGUA